CAUUUGUCCUGCAUUCCUCAAGGAAGCUCGAUACAGGACAACAUCAAUCUCUCUGCGUAAAUCAGAGAUCUCUCCCCUUGGAAGAGCCUCGCGGCCAGGGCCAGCUUCUCGUCGAAGACGCUACAACUAACUAUAGCAACCCCCCCGCACCGUCUUUUGAGGGUAUUCCCACUGCUGACGCUACUCCCACGGAGUUCAAUCCCGACGAAGGCGCUGUCGAGUGCCUUCUCCAGGCCUCCACCUCCGACGACGGAGGUGUACAAGUACUUCGCAACUCGAAAGUCUGCACACGCUUCGCCACUCCUCCGCCCAUAGUCCUUGCUGCGCACGUCCAGAACGGCCAAAAGUGCUCGCCCCCGAAAAGAACUAUGGCCGCUGAGUAUGACGCGUUUUGCAAGGACGAUCCUGUUCACAAGGCCGCCGACCACGAGGAGAAGCUGUUAAGCGAGAGUGAUGCGGUUACUGUUGAGAUCACUGGCGAGGGAUUCAAGGAGCUCGUUCCUGGCGUAGACAUGGGCGAUGAACUGGUGUGUAGUGUAAAGGGCUUCGACACCAUCGAUUUCUCGCAACUCAGUAACAAGGCGGAAGACAUUCGAUACGAUCCUUUGUGUGCCGUAUUCAACUCUUUUGCAGAAGUCUCCGGCUGCAAGGGGUGUUUCAAGAUUACGGCCACACACUGCGAGACGAAAGAAAUCGACUUUCGCCCAGAUAUUGCGCUCUAUCCGGAUGAUGUACCCUUAGCGACGGAAGCAUAUCUCCGCGAGGUCACGAAAGAUAAUCCAAACGUCGCUCGGUGUGCCUGGGCGUGGAUGAUAAUGGCUCUUGAAGUCAAAUGCAAGGACGAAGAUGCAGGCUACGGCUUCGAGGUUGCAAUCACGGACGCCCACUCCCGAGCACGGAUUCCGCUCUUUCGAAACACCCCCAGGGGUCGUCAAUCGCGAGCUCAGUUCGUCAAAUACGCAUGCGAGAUUAUGCAACGACAACAUCGCACUCACGUGUACUCCAUAUAUAUAACCUCCUCAGCCGUCCGCUUCUUUCGUUUCGAUCGGGCAGGCUGUAUCGUCUCAGCUCCCAUAGAUCUCCGCUCUCAGUUCGCCCUCUUUCGUGACAUCACAUAUCGACUCCUCAACCUCUCGUCUAAAGAUCAGGGCUUCGACGACACCGUCAGCCUGGCGUCCCCUGAUCUCCUUCGAACCCUCCGCGCAUGUCGCCCCAAGGGCAAGCCUUAUCUGGAGCAACUCUAUCACGACCAUCUAACUCCGAACAAACAUUUGUAUCCUAUCUACCAGGUAACAUGUCCAGUCGUCUCCAUCGGCGACGCUGCACAGAUCGCGCCUGUUGACCAUGCUGGGAAUCCACUCCCUCCAGAGCAGAGGACGUACUUGAUUGGCAAGCCUGUCACCACGCGUUCGUCGCCUACCGGUCGGUGCACUCGGGGCUACAUGGCGUUUGAAGUUGAAAUGCGCCGCAUGGUUUUCCUGAAGGAUCAAUGGCGAGCCGCGCCUCGCAGACCCGAACUGGACGUGUACAGACGUCUACAUAGCCGCAUUCAGGAUGAAAGCUCUCGCAAGUAUAUUGCCACUCCCAUCGCCGGCGGAGAUAUCGAUGGCCAGCGCACAGACAGUCAGGACUUCAUGAACCAUCUGGAUAGCCGUCUUAGGCCCGUUGAACGUGUUCAUACUCGCCUCAUUACGAAGGAGAUUGGUCGGCCGCUGGAGACUUAUCACGGCUCCUACGAGCUAAUCAAAUUCGUGAGACAUGCUUUCACAGGUAUGCACCGCUACUGCCUCUCUCUCUCGGCCGGCUGA